CUCGGCCGUAAUUUCUUGUUCGUUUCUUCCGGUUCUGUUUCUGCGUCAGUUUGUCAACAAUCUGACGUGUAAGAGUAUACUCCUAAAAAUAUAGGUAUCUGUUUAAAGUAGCCUUCACAAUGGUUGGGGCGGGAGGAGCAGACGAUGUUGACUCAAGCAUAAGGGCACAGCUGGAGGACGAGGUGAUACAGGAAGCUCUGACCUCAGGCACAGACCUCAGACAGUACUCUCAGUCUGUGGAAAAGGACCUCAGACAGCUGGAGAACUUAAGUAUCCAAGAUUAUAUUGACAAAGCACAAAAUAUAGCUGCCCUCCAUCAUCAGAUAACAGAAUGUGACUCUAUACUAGAAAAUAUGCAGGGAAUGCUAGAAGGUUUUCUUACCCAUUUGUCAACCAUUAGUCAAGAAAUACAGUCUUUGCAAGAACAAUCAGCCUCCAUUAAUGUCCAGCUUACAAACAGGAAACAGGUUCAUUCUGAAGUAUCUGCAUUCAUUGAUCAGUUGAUGGUCCCAGAGGUGAUGAUACAUCACAUCUUGAACACCCCAGUGACUGAUGAGCACUUUAUGGAACAACUGAAGGCACUGAAUCAGAAGAGCAAAUUUAUUAAGGAACAAAACUUUAGAGAUGCUCACUCGUGUCAGGAUGUGCAAGAUAUUGUUGAUAAACUAACAGUCAAAGCUGUAAGCAAGAUUCGAGAAUAUUUGCUGCAGAAGGUGUACCAGUUUCGCAAACCUUUGUCUAACUACCAGAUACCUCAGAAUGCUAUGAUCAAACACAAGUUCUUCUUUGAGUUUCUUCUCCUGCAUGCACGGACAAUAGCAGCAGAAAUUCAUGAUGAGUAUGUUGAAACCAUGAGUAAAGUAUACAGCUCAUACUUCCAGUCGUAUACAAAGCAGCUAUGGAAGUUGCAGUAUGAAGAAGGAGUGACCCGGGAUGAUCUAAUGGGUGUGGAGGAUUCACGUGCAAACAGCUUUUUUACAAAGAGUUUAAAGAGUCGUGGUACAGUUUUCACUUUGGGAACUAGAGACUCGGUUCUCUCUCCAACAGGGCUUACGCAGGACAUUAUUGUGCCACACACAGCUAGCAAGGGUGAAGCAAAGUAUCCCUUUGAAGUACUCUUCAGAAGUCAGCAAUAUGUCUUAAUGGAUAACGGGUGCCGGGAAUACAUUUUCCUCACAGAGUUCUUCAUGGUACGAGAUAGUGAUGCUCAAAAACUUUUCUUAACUGUCAUGGGCAAGACACUGCAACAUGUCCAGAAAGAAGUAUGUGGAGUAGUAAUGGGCUGCUAUGACUCAAUAGCAUUAUAUCUGUGUGUCCAUUUGAUACAUCAGUACCGUCUUCUGUGUCAUAAGCGAGCUGUGCCGGCACUGGAUAAUCACUGGGAACAGUUGCUUCACAUGAUAUGGCCAAGGUUUGAAUAUGUUGUGAAGACAAAUAUCCAAAGUAUCCAGGAAUGUGAUCCCUCCAAAAUGCCAUCGCUAGAUAUGAGGCCACAUUAUAUAACUCGAAGAUAUGCUGAGUUUAGUGGAGCUGUUAUGGUGUUACAUGAGAAGUUCCCUCUGGAAGGAGUUGAUGCCCUCAUGCUACAGCUUCAGGAUGAAGUAGAAAAGGUCAUUCUGAAAAUGGCAGCAGUGUUUCAUCAUCGUAAAGACCAGCUGAUUUUCCUAAUUAAUAAUUAUGACAUGAUGCUGUCAGUGUUGUCUGAAAAGACCCGAGAGGACAGUCGUGAGUGCGAGCGCCUGAAGGAGCUGCUAGGUCAGCGUACAGGAGAGUACAUAGAGGAAGUCCUUGCUCCACAUUUUGGGGGCAUGUUGACUUUUGUAAGGGAGACAGAUCACCUUAUUGCCAACAAUAAUAUUGAUGCCUUAAAAGACUAUGAAAAAAAAGUAGUGCCACUUGUCAGGUCCUUUUCAUCUACAUGGCGAAAAUCAGUGGAACGACUGAAUAAUGAAGUCAUGCAGUGUUUCACAAAUUUCCGUACUGGGACUGUUGUGUUGCAACGAGCACUGGAGACUCUCAUUACUGCUCAUCACACUUUCAACAGAAUACUUGCACAUCAGGCAUUCCAGCACUUGAAUAUUAAAGGUGACAUUGUAAAUUCUCACCACCUGAUUGUAGAAGCAAAGAAAUAUAAGCCUACAUUUUAGGCUAGCAAGUAUUGUAAACAUGGUGCGAGAGACAUCAAUAAUACUUUUAUCCCAUUUCUGUGUUCCUUCUUCAUUAUGUUUAAAAGCAAGUAAUGUUGCAUCUUGGUUGUUUCUAACUUAGUGUAUUUUCAUACCUGUGCAUACUUGUGAAGUCUGACAGCAGACAAUCAUUAUGGUAAUGGACCCUGUCAUUUGAAAAAAGCAUUAAGUGUAUAUUUUAGCCAGAGAGAGAGAGAAAAAAAAAAUUACCUUCAAGCAUUGUGGCAACCUAAAUAAAACAGCCUGAUAAUCUCAAUUAGAUUGUGUAUGUAAAUAUUGUUUUUUUUAGUCAUAUAGCUUUAGCAUUUCUUGAAGGAUAAAGAAGUUUAUGAAAUGGGCAUGUAAAACAAGAUUAUAAUGAUGACAUUCCAAAUUAUACCACUGAAAUAUAAUAUGUAUAUUUAUUAUUGCUGCUUAUUAGCAUCCUGAAUAUUCUUAGCCUACUGAUGCCAGAAAGGCAAAAAUAUAUGUCAUGUCCAUUUUUUUUUUUCCCCUCUUCUUCUUUCUUUCUUUCUUUUCUGAGUGGCUCACCGAGAAGUCAAUCACUAGUCCAACCCAUCUCAACUGUCUAGCCUCUCCUUGAUUUUGGGAAAGAUUCUUUUUAACUUUUUAGUGCUAUUAGUGUUGUUAAUAACAUUAUGAUAAUUAUACUGUUUAAUAAUAAUAAUAACAACAUCAAGAUUAAUUAGAGAAAAAAAAUAUAUAUAUUUUUCCAGAAAACUCAAGGAAAGGGGAAAUCAGCUGAGGUCACAUAGAUCUGCUCAUUUCCUUCUUAGUGGCUAAGCACUUGUAGAAUCCUCUAUAUGCGAACAAAUUUCAUGAAAGAAAACUACUGUUGACAUAUAAUAGGCAGCAUUGGGUUAAAGGGAUAAUUUUAUCAGUUGAUUAUUUAUAAUACAAAUGUUAAUACCGAAAUAAAAUAUAUAUUGACAAAUAUAUUC